AUGGUCUUCGUCAGACCUGCUCUCAUCGCUUCCGUGGCCGCCGCUACGGUGUCUGCCUUCACGGCGCCCAACACGCUUGAUGUCACCAAGCCAGAUUCCGUCAAGGCAGUUGCUCGCAGUCUUGCCUUUGGCGCCAUGUCAUACUACAACGGCAAUGUUUCCAGUGACCCAAAGAUGGUCGGUGACUUGCCAGAUCCGUACUACUGGUGGCAGGCCGGUGCCCUCUGGGGUAUCAUGGUGGAUUACUUCCGCUACACCGGCGACGCGACUUACAACGACGUGCUCACGCAGGCUCUGACGGCCACCGUGAACACCGGCCCGAACUUUGACUUCAUGCCACCGGAGCACGCCUUCGAGGAGGGAAACGACGACCUCGGCUUCUGGGGCUUCGCCGUCAUGGCCGCUGCCGAGGGGAACCUUACCCAGCCCAACGCCAGCGUGCCCUCCUGGCUCACGAUGGGGCGCAAUAUCUUCAACUCGCUCGCCACGCGCUGGAACAUGACGCACUGCGGCGGCGGCCUUCUGUGGCAGAUCUACGAGACCAACCCCAACGGCCUCAACUACAAGAACUCGGUCAGCAACGGCGGUUUCUUCCAGCUCGGCGCGAGGCUGGCCGCCGCCACGGGCGACGCCGCGUACGUCGCCUGGGCUAAUUACAUCUGGGACUGGUCCGUCAACGUCGGCUUCAUCGACCAGAACCUCAAGGUUUACGACGGCGCCGACUCCCGCGACAACUGCACCAAGACGAACUACUUGUCCUUCACCUACUCCACCGGCAUCUACCUCUACGGCGCCGCCGUCAUGGCCAACCACACCGGGGAUGCGGUCUGGAAGCAGCGCGCGACAAAGAUGUUGGAGACGGCGCGCUCGAGCUUCUUCUCCCCCGCCGCGAACAGCACGAACAUCAUGUACGAGCCCGCCUGCGAGCCGGUCAACACGUGCAACACGGACAUGAAGUCAUUCAAGGGCUACUUGUCCCGUUUUCUCUGGAAGUCGGCCAUCGUCAUGCCCGAGCUCCUCCCCGCCGUCAGGGAGAUCCUAGUCCCGUCCGCCCUCGCCGCGGCCAACGUGUGCGAGGCCACGGAGACGAAUGUGGUGUGCGGCCAGAAGUGGUACGUGGGCGGCAACGACGGCAGCCUGGGCCUCGGCCAGACCAUGAGCGCCCUCGAAGUCGUCCAGGGUCUGGUCGCCAGUCAGUAG